AUGUUUUCUUCCUCUGACGGACCGCUCUUUCCUUCUCCGCCGCCUCUCGUCGGUUUCUAUCCGCCGCAAAUGCCGCCGCACGUGUCGCAACGUGGGGGGAAUCCUGCCGCGUCCGGCGGAGGCCAGCUCCCGUUCCACCCGCCGUUCGACACGCCGUACGACGCGGUGUAUGAUCCGGCGUACGAUGCUGCGUACGACGCGGCGUAUGACGUGGCGUACGAUGCGGCGCCGUACGAGGAAAUGAUGGCGAUGGUUCCGAUGAUGGUCAACGCGCCUCCUUCUCCUCCAGCUGUUUCCUUCUACGAAGCAACGCCUGUAACGGCAGGCUAUCAAAGGAAGGGGCAUCGGCAGCACCAGCAGCAGCAGCAGCAUCACCAGCCGUACUUUCAUCAUUCUCACCACCCGUUGCCUCAUCCGCCGCACUUUGCGCCGAAUAUUCCGCCACCUUACAUCCACCACGGCUCUAUGAUGAUGCCGCGCCCGCCGCCGUCGCACUCGGCUGCGUUUGCGGCGGCAGGGCGCGGAGGAAACGACGGCUCCCGCGGCAUGAUGCACGCACCGCCACCCCCGCAUAUCCCGGGCGCUCUCUGCGACUAUGAGGACCCUAGCUACUAUUCCACGCUAUAUUUCCGGCCCGAGGUGCAGGUGGUGGUGCUGACGUCAAGAAUCAAGGACAAGGUAUCCCCGUUAGAGAAGACCCGCUGGUUGGACCAGCACCUGUCGUACCGCAUCUGUCCCUACCCCAUACGCCAUAUCGAGUUCACUCAUGCCGGGGACGCAGUCAUUGAGUUCGUGUCGCACGUGGCGAUGAUGAAAGCUCUCCAACGCGCGCCCUUGCACUGGGACUCCCCGUCUGCUUCCGCUGCUGCUGCUACUUCUGCUACUGCUGCUGUCGGGGCUGCCGAUUCUGUUGCUGGUGGUGCUGCUGGUGUCGCUGCUGGUGCUCCUGCUGGCAGCAAGAGCGGGUGGCAAGCCUACCUGGAGACAUUACCAGCACCCACUCCUUUGGCAGCAGCAGCAGCAGCAGCAGCAGCACCGACAACAGCAACACCUGCAACACUGUUCCCAGCACCCGCAACUGGAGCAGCAGCAGGGAGGCGAGGCAGGCAGGUGGUGGCAGUGCGGGCGUGCACGGAGGACGAUAUCCGGGCGCUCUUCUGGGUGGGGCUCUCCUUACCCUCUGUCCUCCCGCUCUCCGACGCCCUACCAAUGAUCAAGCAGGCCCUACAGCCAUACGGUGAGGUGAGAGGUGUGUACUCACCUCACCCCAGCUCUCUUGAGUUUGAAAAAAUGCAUGGUGGGGGACAGCAAGCACAGCAGGUGCCGCAGGGGAAAGAGGAGCAGCAGGAGACAGAGAAACAGCUCGGGAGCAAGGAGGAGGUGUUGGAGGAGGAGGAUGAGGAUGAAGAGGAGGAGGGGAAGGAGACUGACAAGGAGACAUGUGACAGCAGCAGCACUAGCAGCAGCAUGAGCAGCAGCAGCAGCAGUGGCGGCGGCAAUAUCAUCACCAACAGCAGCAGCAGAAGCAGCAGCAGCAGCAGCAGUGGUGAUUGCGACAGCAGCAGCGACGACAGCAAUGACGAGGGAGAGAGCAACGACGCACAAAGGAUGGGCAACUCUGGGAGAAACAAGAACCAGAGUCCCAGUUCCUUUCCUGCCAGAAGCGCCUCUUCCUCCCCAUCCUCCCCAUCCUCCCCAACCUCCCCAACCUCCCCACCAUCCCCACCCUCCUCCCCACCCCGUACUCCACCGCCGGCCGCCUCUCCUUCCUCGUUUCCCCCUGCUGUUCUGCCGUUCUCUGUCUCCUCCUCCGUGCGUCUCCCCACUGGCUGCAUGCUGAAGCUUUACUUCGCCCCCUCCGGUCGCCGUCACUUGCCUCCGACCCUGCACAUCGGCAAGCACGACAGGCGCAACAAGGCCCGCGCACCUCUCAUUGCGCGUCUAUUCACCCCCCACGGCCCUCUCUCUGUGACCUGUGCUGACUUUGGCCCCAACCACUCUAUCCACGGGUGCCCUGCAUGCUCUCGUGCUCGCUCGCUCGCUUUCUUCCUUACCUUACGCCCUCCCAAGCGGCCUUACCGGGCUAUCUGA